AUGCAAAUUCAUACACUCCCGCUAUCUGAAUUAGGUGAGCCUCUUCCAGCGGGAAAAGGCCAAUUCAUUAAACUACCUAAUCCCAAUGACGAGCCUUAUAUCUUAAGACUUGUUAUAUUUUCUGCUUCCGAUAUAAUUAAUCAAGGUGUUCUACAUUGCAAUGUUCCGCCUCCAGGGGAACAGUUUGUUCGUUCCAAAUUUUAUCAGUAUCCCAUCAAUGCUUCUUUUUCUAAAGAAACACAUCUCGAUAUUUUAGUUUCUCAUUCUGGAGCUUAUUCUUUCUUUUUUACAUACGUCCCUGUUAAAGAUCCUUAUUUUUCUUCAAUUGACCUGGAAUCUGAUGAAGUUUCUACAGACGUUUCUAUUCUUGAAACUGAAACUAAUAAUCUCACGGUUUCUGACAAAGAUUUGGAAUCACUGGAAAUAUCUUCUAACAAUCUAAAAACGCCUUCUACUUCACCUUUAAACAGAUCACCAUAUGCAUCGUCCACCUAUCUUCCUAACCUUGCUAAAGAUGACUCUGAAAGGGAAGAUUCUCAAGAUGUGGAAAGUAUCUCACCCUCGGAAUACAUGGAAGAAGUUGAUAUCCGAAGAGUCCAAGAUCGAAGUUGCACCAAAAAAUUUUACUUUAUUGUUUCUGCUGGUUUAUUUCUAGAUGGAAAGCCUCUUUCAUUAAAUUCCUUAAACAUUGAGUCUGUUAUUUCAAAAUGGAUGGGUGAUUUCAGCACGUGGAAAGAAAAAUUUUCUUACAUUAAAAGUAAAGGAUAUAACAUGGUUCAUUUCACACCUUUAAAUGUACGCGGUUCGAGUAAUUCCCCAUAUUCAAUUUAUGACCAACUUUCUUUUGACAAAGAGGCUUUUUCAAAUGGUGAAAGUGAUGUUUCUAAUAUGGUUUCUUAUAUGGAGCAUGACCUUCACCUUUUGUCACUUACUGAUGUUGUAUAUAAUCAUACUGCCCAUAAUUCUGAAUGGCUUCGUUAUCAUCCUGAUGCAGGAUAUUCUAUUAAAACUGCUCCUCAUUUGAAGCCAGCUUUAGAACUUGAUAAUGCCCUUCUAGAGUUUUCUGCUGAUUUGAGUGCCUUAGGCUAUCCCACAUAUCUUAAUAAUCUUGAGGAUCUCUCUCAAAUUAUGAACGGUAUUAAGGAUCGAGUUAUUAAUAACCUUAAGCUUUGGGAGUAUUAUACUAUUGAUGUUGCAACUUUAUCUGAAAAGAUAAUCGCUUAUUGGGAGCGCAUAGCUAAGGAACCUGAUUGCAUUUCACGAAUUGAAAUUCCUGAUCACUCUAAGGAUGACCUUAAAUCCACGGCCCAUUUUUUUGCUUCUCACACGGGUGUUAAUCUUAAUGUUUUUGGGGAAGGUCGUUAUAACAGGUCGAUUGAAAUUGAAUCAUUUGUUCAUAUUCUUGCUUCUUUCCUUUCUGAAACUGACUUUCAAAGUUUAGAUGUUGUCAAGAAAACAACUUUAAGUAUCUUGAAUGAAAUCAACCUCCCUUUUUAUCAGGAUUAUGAUAAUGAUGCAGCCAUAAUUCUUACUCAAUUAUAUAACAGAAUUAAGUAUACCAGAGUUGAUUCCCAUGGCCCAAAACUUGGUGAGAUUACCACAACAAAUCCUGUUAUCGAAACUUAUUUUACCAAAGUGAAAACUUUUCCAAAUGGAGAGAUUGUUUCUUUAGUGAACAAUGGUUGGAUUUGGAAUGGUAAUCCAUUGAUUGAUUUUGCUAGUAAUCAGUCGAGAGCUUAUCUUCGCCGUGAGGUGAUUAUAUGGGGUGAUUGUGUAAAACUUCGAUAUGGUAAUCAUCCAUCAGAUAGCCCUUAUGUUUGGGAAAGAAUGACUAAAUACACACAACUUAUGGCCAAAUAUUUUCAUGGUUUUCGAAUUGAUAAUGCUCAUUCAACCCCAUUGCAUGUUGGAGAGUACAUGCUGGAUAAAGCGCGAAUUGUUCGGCCGGAUCUUUACGUUGUUGCUGAACUUUUCACAGGUUCUGAAGAGAUGGACAAAAUUUUUGUUGAACGUUUAGGAAUUACUUCAUUAAUUCGCGAAGCAAUGCAGGCUUGGUCAGUUGAGGAACUUUCUCGUUUGGUUCACCGCCAUGGGGGGAGACCCAUUGGGUCUUUUUCUAAACAGCCAUUUGUUACUUUUGAAACGUUUGAUGAGUCUUCUGACCCUAAUAUUGCAUCCCAUUUAGUGCAGGCUUCUAAUAUACAUGCUUUGUUUAUGGAUUGCACCCAUGACAAUGAGACUCCUGCUCAAAAAAGAACGGUUGAAGAUACUUUACCUAAUGCUGCUCUUGUCGCUAUGUGUGCGUGCGCAGUUGGUUCUGUUAUGGGAUAUGAUGAAUGUUAUCCUAACCUCUUAGAAAUUGUGACCGAAAAGCGUUUAUACACUUUUGGAAAUGGUAUCUCUAAAAUUAAAAAACUUUUAUAUGAUGUUCAUUCUGAAAUGGGUCAAACCAAUUCUGAAGAAAUGCAUGUUCACCAUGAAGGACAGUAUAUUACUGUGCACCGAGUUAACCCUAGAACGGGUGAUGGUUGGUUUUUGAUUACUCGAACAGAAUUCAGCAAGGAAGGUUAUCAGCAACUUAAUGAUGUUUCCCUUCGUGGAACUUUGGCAGAGAAUGUUAUUUGCUGUCACUUAAAACAAACAGGACCAUACCAAGCUAGCGAUAAGCAGUUGAACGGCAUACCUACUGAGCUGGUUGAGCUAACUUCACCGUCAAUAUUUUAUGAUGAAGAUACAAAAACAACUACAAUUAGCCUUAAAGACCACUUCCCACAAGGCUCAAUUGCACUCAUCAAAACUUCUAUUAGUACUAUUGAUGAUGAUCUUGAUUCAUUUGUUAGGUCGGGUGCUGAAGAGGCUGUUGCAGAACUAGAUUUUCUUGAUUUAAAUGUUGUCAUGUAUAGAUGUGAUGGGGAGGAGCGUGAUUAUAGCUCGGGAAAAGAUGGUGUAUAUAAUAUUCCAAAUUAUGGAACCUUAGUUUAUGCUGGAUUAGUAGGUUGGAUUGGCCCACUACAAGAGAUGGUCAACGACAAUAACCUUGCUCAUACAAUUUGCGAACACUUAAGAGAGGGACAAUGGGCAUUGGAUUAUACCGUUAAUCGUCUUAAUAAAUACCUAGACAACUUCCCCAAAAUCCAACCAUAUAUUGAUUGGUUAACUUCAAGAUUCGAUGCUAUUCGUCCUCUGCCUAGUUUUAUGAUUCCGAGAUAUUUUGCACUAAUUAUUGUUAACGCAUAUCUUGCUUGCAAAAAACAUGCCCUUUCUUUAAUGAGCCCCCAGAUUCAAAAUGGUACGUUAUUUCUUCAAAGAUUAGCUCUGACUUCAAUUCAAAUGGUUGGAAAAGUUAAAAGUACGUCGCUCUUCCCAUUUGAAAUAUCGGGGUGCAUGGCAGCUGGACUCCCACAUUUUAGUCAUGACUAUAUGAGAUGCUGGGGUCGAGAUGUCUUUAUUUCUUUGCGUGGCCUUCUUUUGUCAACAGGUCGAUUUGAAGAAGCUAAAGAGCAUAUUCUUGCUUUUGGAGCAACUUUGAAGCACGGUCUUAUUCCUAAUCUUCUUGAUGCUGGUAGAAAUCCUAGGUAUAAUGCUCGUGAUGCCACUUGGUUUUUUGCCCAAAUUAUUCAAGAAUACAUAAAAAAGGUUCCCCAAGGUCACAAAAUUUUGGAUGAAAAAGUCAAACGACGGUUUCCUCUUAACGAUGAUUAUGUCCCUGUUAAUGAUCCUCGUGCUUUUCAAGAUGAGUCAUCGAUUAGAGAUAUCCUUUACGAAAUUCUCAGUCGUCAUGCUAAAAGUGUUACUUUUCGGGAAGCAAAUGCUGGACCCAAUCUUGACUCUCAAAUGAGAGAUGAAGGAUUUAACCAGCAUAUUUUUGUUGAUUGGGAAAAUGGGUUUGUUUUUGGGGGAAAUCCAUGGAAUUGCGGAACAUGGAUGGAUAAGAUGGGCGAAAGCUCAAAAGCAGGUAAUCAGGGUUAUCCGGGAACUCCUCGUGACGGAGCCGCUAUUGAAAUUAUUGGUCUCUUAAAGAGCACACUAAGAUUUGUUAUUGAGCUUAAUGAAAAGGGUCUUUUCCCAUAUGAGUCUGUCAUGAAUCAACAUAAUGUUGAGGUUACUUUUAAAAGUUGGAGUGACAAAAUUCAAGAAAAUUUUGAGCGCUGCUUUUUCAUUCCUUCAUCUCCUGAAGACGACUCUGAGUAUGAUGUUGAUCCUCAUAUCAUUCAUAGACGUGGAAUAUACAAGGACCUGUAUAAAUCCAGUAGUUCUUAUGAGGAUUAUCAACUUCGUCCUAACUUUUCGAUUGCUAUGGUUGUCGCUCCAGAGCUUUUUGACAAUGACCAUGCAAUCACUGCUAUAUCUAUUGCAGAUAGGACAAUUAGGGGUCCUGUUGGAAUGGCUACAUUGGAUCCAGCUGAUUUGAAUUACAGACCGUUUUACAAUAACAGUGAAGAUUCAACCGAUUUUUCAACUGCAAAAGGAAGAAACUAUCACCAAGGUCCAGAAUGGAUUUGGAAUACCGGCUUUUUUCUUCGGGCAUUUUUGUAUUUUGAUAUGAUGCGAAAAAGAGGUUCUGAGGCAGGUAAUUUGGAGACCUUUCAACAGUUAUCUCGUCGUAUGAUUGGCCAUAGACAGUGGAUCCGUACCUCUCAUUGGGCUGGCUUGACAGAAUUAACUAACAAAGAUGGUGAGUUUUGUGCUGAUUCUUCUCCUACCCAAGCUUGGUCUUCUGCUACUCUUAUUGAUUUGUUUGAGGAUAGCAAAGGAUAUGGAGAAAAUGGGCUUUAA